UCUGUCAUUGCAUUUGUGCGGGUAACAAACAACAAGCAAAAGAACGAAAGAGGAAGCAUUAGAAACAUACAUAAAACAUCAGAAAGAACGAAGAAAUCUAGCCAACAAGAAAAAGCUCAUAUGUGGAAUAUAAUCAACAGAAAGGACCCCAGCAACGCGGACGCAGACACAGAAACAACAAAAAGAAAUAACCAUGAGAAAACAAUAACAAAAAUCAGCAGAAAAUAAUCUUUACCAAGAACAACAGAAACCUUCUUCGGUUUUGCAUUGACAUUUAGUUUUUUUUUGGUUUUGGUAUAUUUUUUUAUAUCAGUGUGCAAAUGAGAGAAGAACAACAACCAAAGCAGUUCUAACAACAAAAGUGCUUCAACAAUUCUAACGCCCAAACAGCAACCACAGGCACACAGCAACAACGUUAAACCACAAAUUUAUUAUUGCAACAACAACAACAAAAGGAAGGAAAACUGCAACCCACACUAGCAAAAAAAAACAACCAACAACAACAGUAACCACCGAAGCCGAACCACAACUCAGAAUUGCAGCAACUACAACUACAGCUCAGCUCUCUUUCGCUCUCUUUGAACAACAUACAACUGUAAACGUGUCGUUAUCGCGACUUUAAGCUGUGCCUGGCUGUGCCUCUCUCGAUCGCUCGCUAAACUAAAUUGCUCUGUGUGUGCGUCGUAAUCGUCAUCGCGUUGUGUUGCGUGCGUGCGUGUUCCUGUGUGUGUGCGUCUUCGUGUGUUCUUGUGUGUGUGUAUCACCAAAGCGAAGGUGUGCGUGGCGCCUGGGUGUGUGAGAGUACGAGUAAGAGUACGAGAGUGCGUAUUGAGACGCGUCGUCGGCUAUGUCAGGGGGCAUAGAUGCGCUAAUAAAAGCGGUGCUCUACCUUGAGCAGAAUGAGAAGCCCACGCAGGCGGGAGGAGGUGGAGGUGCUGCUGGAAUAGGCUUAGUGCCACAGCCGAUACCGCUGCACUGCAUCAAUGGGAAUGUCGGUUAUCGGAGCAGCAAGAGCAUCGGUAUUCCCACUAAUAACAAUAGCGCGAGUCAGCACAAUAGAAAUACUACGGGGAGUAACGGCAUCAUUGGCAGCAUUGCCACAGCAGCAGCAGCAUCAUCGUCAUCAUCGUUGUCGGGUUCCGUGUAUGCAAACGGAAAUAGUAACGGUAACGGCCACCACACCAGCAGCAGCAGUAGCUGUGGCAGCAACAGCAACAGUCCACGCAGUCAAUUGGUGGCCGGAGCUCGAGCUGGCCAUGAUUACGAGUACGUUGGCAGCGUCAGCGUCGUUGCACCCCCCGCCACUGCAGCCCAUGGACAAUUGGAGGCGUCAUCGCUGCGCCACAGCGAAGGUCGCAGCAUUAUCUCGGAGGAUGAAAAUUCCUCGUCCAACGCCAGCAACUCCUACUCCCAACAACAACAACUGCAGCAGCAGCAGCAGCAGCAACAACUAAUUGCAACAUCAAUAGCAGCAGGCAGAGCUGCAGCAGUGGCUGUGGCAGCGGCAGCAAGAGGCAGCAGCCCCGCCUCCAACACUGCAACGUCUCCCCUCAAAUCUCCCACCUCCAACGCCACUUCAGCCGCCGCUGCCGCCGCCUCCGUUACUUCUUUCAUACUGCGGGCGAAUGCCAAUGGUAGUGCCCCAACCUUCAUCCAUCAGGCUGCCAAGCACAAGCUGAGCAACGGCAAUGCCAACGGCAACGGCAACGGCAAUGGCAAUGGCAAUUCGAAUGGUAGCAGUGGCAGUGGCAGUGCCAGUAGUGGUGGAUCAGAGAUUCCGCGCAAAUAUCUGCUGGUUUCGGAUGGCAAGGGCACCGUUUACCCGGCGCCAGACAGCGGCUCUAACUCCGCCUCCGCAGCUCCAGGAGCAGGAGCCUCCUCGGCUUCUGCCUCGGCCUUUCUGCUGGGUGCCAGCCAUGGGGUAGGCAGUGCCGGGCGCCUGUCUGAUUUGCAAAAUGCCAUUUGGCAGGAGAGUCAGCGGCACCAUCCGCACCACCAUCACCAGCAGCAAAAGCAGGUCCUGGGGAAGUCAGGGAUACCACUCACCCCGCCACCGAUGUCCACACGCAAAGUGGCCGACUCGAAUGCCCGUAUACGUUCGUACUCACUCUCCUCCCAUAAAUUUCCAGCGCCCGCUCAGGGCGACAGCCACCAGCAGCAGCACCAGCACCCACUUGGCUACAUGAACGGCGGACGGGUGGUGGGUGGAGCGGCGGGCGCCAGCAGCUCCUACCGCCAGUUAAUCAAUGUUCAGGCAGCAGCGAGUGCGGCAGCAGCUGCCGCCGCAGCAGCGUCAAUGGCCAGCAGCUCCUCUGUCUCGACGUCGGCGCCAGCGGUGGGAUCUCAACUAAGCCACGGCGGCCGCAGGCGCACGACCAGCUCCAACAGCAACGGAGCUGGCAAUCGGGAAGUGCACAACAAGCUAGAGAAGAAUCGUCGGGCACAGCUGAAGGAGUGCUACGAUCAGCUGAAGAGGGAACUACCCAUGGGUGACGAGGAUCGCAAGAAGACCUCCAAUUUGAUAAUACUCGAUACAGCCCACAAAUAUGUCAAGGAAUUGACGAAGCGGGGUCGCGAACAGGAGGCGGAGGUGGAGCGUCUGGCCAAGCAGAAGAUUGAGCUGCAGAAGCGAUUGAAUAGUUUGAGAAGGGACACGGACCAGCAGAGCAUUCCACUGAAUGAAAAAGCCGUUUGCCUGGCGGCCGGCUCAUCAGCAUCCGCUACAUCCAGUGGACGCAGCGGAACAACAAUACUGUUUGAUGCCACAACAGCCUCUGUCUGUGCAACUGGGCUAACAACUGUGAUAAGCAAAACGAAUGCAACAACCACAACAGCAGCAACCGCCGCAGCAGCAGCAACAGCAGGAGCUGCAGUAGGAGCUGGAACAGGAGCAGGAGCAGGAACCAUCUCCAAGCACAUCUCCUCUUCCAGCGGUAAGGCUGUGGCUGUCGCACCUUCUGGCACCCACUUGAUCUCCGGUAAUGGAAAUGGGAAUGGAACCGCAACCGCAACCGGAACAGCCAUCAUGACAAUUAAGAACGGCAGCAUUUUGGCCAUCUCACCUACGGCCAUUCUGCAGCAGCAUCAUCACUCCCAGCACAGCAGUCCAGCGGGCAGUCCCACGAGUGUGACAAUGGGUGCAACCACAACUCGUGGAUCGCCCACACCAUCGACACCGUCGCCAUCGCCCAGCUCCUCAUCGAGCGGUGUCUCGUCGUCGGCCUCUUUCAUGAGCUCCUCAUCAUCAUCGUCAUCCUCCUCCUCAUCUUCGUCGUCGUCGUCCAGCUCAUCGUCAAGCUCCUCAUCGUCGCCCACACAGACGACGACCGCGCAUCUAUUGGGAUCGCGCAGCGUUGGCCUCAAGUACCAUGGGGCCGCAGGCGGCCCUGGAACCGCACUGAAUGGAGGCGCCACCAUAGUGGCAACCGCAGUGCCAUCAGCUGCGGGAUCAGCGAAUGGUUUCCAUCAGUCGGAAAAGGAUCGUAAUUACAAUUUCUUGACGCUCAGUGCUGGCACAACGGCGCAGUAAUUUGUGGAGGAAGAAGCAACAGCCAACAAACCAACAAUUACAACAACUAAAACAAUAAAAACAACAACAACAGCAACAACAACUGAAUUGUGUGCAACAGCUCCCACCUUAAAAAAAAAGUAACAACACCUACAAAAACAAUGAGAACAUACGAUGAAACCAAUGAAAGAGCAAAUGAUGAUUGUUCUUCAAGAAUCUUCUACAUUUCUUUCUCAACAACAGCAACACCACUUGGCACAAACACACACACACGUAUAAAAUUUCAACAACAGCAAACAAUUACAUUUGUUGUGACAACAACAACAAACAGUUCCGCCCAACAUUUAGCAUCGAUUUUGAAAAUCAUUGAGUAAAAGAGAACGAAGAAACAUAGAGGGAGAUAGAGCGAAGUUAUUUUUCAAUAGAUGAUUUUACACAAAAACAAGCGACAGUAGAACGAACACAGUGGGGAAACACACACACACACACACUCAAGCAACACCAUGUGCAACAAUAAUCAAAAACGCGGCACAACAUGUGCAACAAUAAUCAACAACAACCAGACCAAACAUAUGAAGCAAUAACAGCAGAUCAACAAUAAAAAGAUACACCAACAUCAAGAGCAACAAAAAAAUCAACAACAACAGAAAAACAACAAUAAAAGAACAUCAGCAAAAUGAUUAGCAACUAAAAAUAAAAGCAGCAAUAGAAAGCAUUAGCCAAGAGCUAACAAAAAAAAACACGAACAACAAUCAACAGCAGCAGCAACUUUACCAGCUACAACUUUUACACCAGCGGCAACAUUAUCAUCAACAAUUUCAACAACAGCAAUAACAUCAGAAACUUUAAUAAUAUGAAACCUAACAACAGGCAGCAUUUCAACACACACACACACACGCACACACACACAAAAUAUGCAAAAGAAAGCAACAUCAUUUAUAUAAUUGUAUACAUACAUAUUUAAAUAAAUAAUUAAAUCUAAUGUACUACUUUAUAGCCUAGUAAAGAUCUAGAUCUAUCUGAACAAAAACACCAACCAACAACAACUAAGAGUAGCACAUUUAAUUGUAAACGAAAAGGUAUAAGAAAUUGUAAACCAAAUGCGCUGUUGUAACAGAAACCACCAAUGGGUAACGCUUUAUAAAUAUACACAUACAUUUAUAUAUAUUGUAUACUAUAUAUGUAUAUGUAUACCUACAACUA